CAUCAUUAUUAUUAUUAUUAUUAUAUCAUUUCAAAGUAUUUUGUCAGAUAAUUUGAUAAAGCAACUGGGAGAAAUAACAUUACUUGGUCUUCCAAUUAAGAAUUUAUUCCUGAAUUCAAACCCUUUGGAAGUGAUCGAAGAAGGAGCCUUCAGUAGAAAUGGAGAGUUGCUAACGUUGAAUUUGAUAAACACCAAACUGCAGCAGAUAAAAUUAGGAAUUACGAAAAUACUAACGUAUACAUCGAUACUCGUCUACAAGUCCCAAAGAUAUCCAUCCUACAUUGAGUGUAGAUACGGCAUUCAAAAAAUAUUCUACGAAAAAGGAUACAAAUACUACCCUUCCCUGGAAAGGUGCGAAGCUUGUCCACCAGGAUCCUAUAAGGUUGGAACAAGAGAUGGAGCAUGCGUACAAUGCCCAGCUGGCGGUUUCUAUCAAGAUGAAGAAGCUCAGUUCAAGAUUAUGUCUCACGGAUUAGGGUGUAAGCAGUGUCCACCAGGAUCAUUCGUUACAGAGGAACAAGCUCCAGGAAAGGAUCGAUCUGAAUGUCAAGCUUGUCCAGAAGGAACACAUCGUAAUCUCCCCGCCUUGUUCAGAGCUUGUUCAUGCCUGGACGAUCAUUAUCGCGUUCAUCGCUUUCAGAAGUGUAUGCCAUGUGACGAAGGAUACAACUGCGUUAACGAGUCAGUCAGUCUAUUGUCUGGUUUCUACUGGAAGUGGAACUCGACAGAUGCAAAAUACCGCUACAUUAACUUCUCAGCAGAGUUACAAGUUAGGAAUAAAACCUACWAUAAAAAUAUGACUUCUUAUUCGUUGGGUAUCCCGAAAGCAUAUGCAUGUCCAGUUGCCGAAGCAUGCAAGGGUGGUCUAGACUCUGAAUGCUCUCUUGGCUACGAAGGGCCCCUCUGUGCUGUCUGUAGCAAGGGGUUCUACAUGCUGGCAUCGACAUGUCGUAAAUGCCCGUCCUUACCAUGGAUUAUAGCACAGGUUGUUCUCAUCACUGUCAUAAUAACUGGUCUUCUUAUAUUCAUGAUUAAAGAAAAGAAAAGCAAGUCCAACAAAAGAUCCUUAUCCGACGCCAUGACAGCACGGCUGAAGAUUGUCAUUGGAUUCUUCCAAGUCACUUCAGGAACAAUAUCAGGUUUUUCGUUCAUCAAAUGGCCGGAUGUUAUGAUUUCAGCGAUUAAAUAUGCCGAACUUUUACAGAUGAAUCUGCUACAAAUUGCUCCUCCACAAUGUCUGACUCGAUCGCUGAAAACAGACAUCCAUGUCAAGUUGAUGCUUAUCCUUGUAUUUAACAGCACAGUCGUAUUCUUGGGAUUACUAUAUUACUACAUUAAAACUAGAAGCAAGUCAAGGAAUGGCGAGGGGAACGAAAAUGUCAAAUGUUCGGCUCAACAGCAAUGUUUUCGCGCCAUUUUCCUGAUCCUUUUCAUCUCAUACCCGCUGACCAGCAGCCACAUUUUUAUGGUUCUUCCAGAAGCGUGUCAGAAAAUCUGUACAUCGACAGAAGAUAACAGUUGCAGCUAUUACCUGAAAUCCGAUUACACUGUGCGCUGUGAAAGCCAAAGGUUCUUCUGGUUCAGCAUCUUAGCUCGAGUUCUUUUGGUAUAUCCAGUAGGUUUUCCAUUGCUGGUUUUGUAUCUUCUUUGGAAGCACUACUAUAAGAAGACCGACCCAACGAAAAGAAGAAAGGAAGCACUGGGUAUAGCUCUUGGAUUAAAGUUUAUGUAUGAGAACUAUGCAGAACAAGUGUGGUUUUGGGAGAUCAUUGAGUUGAUACGUAAAGUCAUCCUUACGUCAGUCAUUCUUCUGCUUGACGCAGGCAGUCGUUUUACCAUUGGCAUCACUGCUAUAAUAUCGGGUUCAUAUUCCAUCUCUUUUGCGUAUUUCAAGCCCAUGACAGAUGUGUUUGAACACUGGUUACAGUUGACUUCUCUUUUGGCAACGCUGGUUAAUAUGAUCGUUGGAAUAUUACUCGUCACACAAAAUGAAGGCUCAUCUGCGACUGGAGAAGCUUUGGACGGCGCAGUAAUCAAGGUUCUGUUGAUUGGAGCCAAUGCAGCGGUCGUGGCUAUAAUGGCUGCACGUUACCUAAUAACUCUGGGACAAACCUUUUUGGCUAUCAGACGAGACCCACGCUGCUCAUUGUCAUGCUGUUUGUUCCUGUUUUUGACUUUGAACGAAGCAUCGAACGAGAUGGCCGGGGUAGACACGUCAGGUAAAGGCCUAAAAAGGCAGCAAAACCUCCAGCAUAAUUUUAGAGAGCCACAGUUAGAUUUGUCUCAAGCAGGACUUUCUGUUGAACUGAAGAAGAAAUAGUUCUCCUAAGUUGUUUUCUUAUGAGUUUUAAAACAAUCUGAAUCUACCAACAA